AUGGGACAAAAUACAACGAAUAGCACAAAAUACUUCAUUAAAAAUGACAACAAAAUAUGUACUACGUUUGAUGAUUUGAGGAAAUUUUUUUCCGAUGGUUUAACUGAAUCUGGAGAAUAUAAUUCUAUAAGUGGACCUCUCAAUGCCUACUGCCCUAAUGGAGAUUCAGGAAACAAUAAAGAAUGUAAGACUGAUGUCGAUAAGAUUAAUGCUGGAUGUUUAUGGCUAUUUAAACAAUUUUAUGGGGAUAGUGAAAAAAUUUCGAAUAAUGCAGAUAGCAACAUGAAUAUUGUUACAUAUAUUUUGUCGUGGUUAAGUUAUAAGUUAAAUCAAAAACCACAAAAUGGAAUCACUAAAUUAAUGGAUUUUUAUAAUAAACAUAUGGAAACUUCCGAGGAGUAUAAAAAGAAUAUAGAAAAUGAUACGGAAUAUAAAACUUAUAUUGCGCUCAUAGAUAAAAAUAAGGGAUUGAUGGAUAUUGAUAUCAGUGUUAUGUCUAAAUUUUAUAAUUUAUUUAAUAAUUUGUGUAAAAUGUAUAAUGAGCUUCAAACGGCAAAUAAUAAUGCCCAAGAAUAUUUAAAAUAUGUUAAUAAUUUUGCUGAUGAGUAUAAAAAUAUUUUUAAUGAAAAUUUCAAUGAUACAAACGAUAAUUUAUUUAAACAAGUACUAUCCGUUGUAUCAAACGAUUAUAAUUAUAUAAAAAGUACAUUAAAUGUUGAAUCUGUAAGGAAACAAAUUCCAGAACUUACAAAGAAAAAAACAGCAAAACAAUUUUCUGGGCCAAGUCUUAAAAAAACACAAAUUUCUUUAAGUUCUAAUGAAACACAGAUGGAUGGGUCAUCGAGUGGAACAUCAACAUCAAACUCUGAACCUGAAGUAUCAUAUUCUGAAACGACACUAUCGAGUUCAUUGAUAAUAAAAAAACUAAUUCUAAUUCCAUUUAUAUUGGUUGCAACAAUAAUUUUAUUAGGAAUUUCAUAUAAGUAUUCGUUAUUUGGAUUUUGGAAACGACUUCAAAGACAAUAUUUAAGAGAAAAACUAAAAAAAAGAAGAAAAUGA